AUGUCUCGAAGGUUUAGACCAACUGAAUUCCAAAAAACAAUCCUUGUCUGGACAAAAAAAUAUAAGAGCAAAAAUGAGAUCCCGACAUUCGUAUCAGCUGAAGUUAUUGACAGAUCACGUAGUGAAGCCAGAAUUAAAAUAGCCAAUGUAUUAAUGCUCCUUACUGCUUUAGCUAGUUUAGGUGCUAUAUUCGCUGGAAAAUCAGCUGCUAAAAGAGGAGAAUCUGUCCAUCAAAUGAAUUUAGAUUGGCACAAAAAGUAUGAAGAAGAGCAUCCUCUAAAAGAAUCAAAUGUUGCAUCAUCAAAAUAA